AUGGAAUCAAGCAAAAGAAACAUUUACUCCUUCAAGUUCAAGGAUCCUGAUCUGAAGAAUUUACGUAACUUGGUCUCUCAGAUGCACCCUGUAUACAGAAUCAACUUUGGAAAGAAUUACGGCAAUUUGCUCAGCAUCCUCAAUCAACAAGUGGACCAUACAGCCUUGAUCACUUUAGCCCAAUUUUAUGUCUUACCUUUAAGAUGCUUCACAUUCCAAGACUUCCAGCUAGCACCAACGUUGGAAGAAUUCGAGCGUCUUGUUAGGAUUCCUAUGAAGGACAAGUCACUAUUUGAAGGGACAGAUGAAUCUUUGCCCCUCAAGGUCAUUGCCAGUGCGCUUCACAUGGAUGAAAAGGAAGCAAAAGACAAUUUAGAGACCAAAGGAAAUACCAAAGGGUUUUCACUAAGUUUUCUUUUGGAAAGAGCUCAUACCCUGUUGAAGGCAGAAAGUUGGGAUGCUUGUUACUCUGCUAUUGCAUUGGCUAUCUAUGGCAUCGUCUUGUUUCCUAAUAUGGAUGGUUUCGUAGACAUGACUGCCAUUUGUGUUUUCCUUACUAGGAACCCAGUACCCACUUUGUUAGCCGAUGUCUAUUAUCACAUAAGUCAUAGGUAUACUAAGAAGAAGGGAUUGGUUGCUUGUUGUGCUCCUUUAUUGUAUCAGUGGUUUCUAUAA